AACAUAAUCAAUUGCUAAAGACAUGGAUGUGACAAGCCAACCAUCAAAACGACAGCGUUUCUUUUCACUCCCACCUACACGACCUUCACGAGCACAUUUCUGAAGAAAGAACAAGUUGAAAGCAGGCUUGAAGCUGUAAUGGUUGCCCCUCAAGGUCCCCAGUUCCAGAAACCUUAAGCUUAAAAUUCAGAGAAACAAAGAGCUCAGUCUAGUUGGGUUUUGGUGCUCUGCUUCAGAUUUGAGAUCCUCAAGCUCUUUAUUCUUACACACUGGAGGAUCCAUCAUCCAUGUAUGCUCCCUUAUGAUCUGGAGUAUAUGAUGAUGACAGAAGAUGACAACGCAAGAACUGGGUUACAUACUUAUUCACAAUUUUUCCUUAUGAAAUGGAUAAAAGAAGAGUUGUAUGGUUUUUCUGCCUCAUGUUUAAUUUAGCAUAAGUUUGUUGAAAAUGAAGAAGUGGUCUGGAGGAGCGUUUAUCAUGGCUCUUGCUAUGAUCAUGUUUCUGGGUUACAGUUUUAUGGGAAUCCGGCCUCAGAAGCAGUCUGCAUAUAGUUUCUUUAGAAACCAUCCGGCCAAUGAUUCUCGUACAAAGGGCAGUGACUUCGUUAAGACUUCUAAAAUGGAAGUGAAAAAAACAUCAAAGCCAUCAAAAAAGCCCCCUCUUAUAAAUAUCGAUGGGCUCGGUGAUCUGUAUGCUUCCAAAAGAAUUUCUGAGGAAGAGUCGAAGGCCUUGCUUGUGUGGGCUCACAUGCGUAUGCUACUGUCGAGGUCUGACGCUCUGCCUGAAACAGCUGAGGGGGUUAAAGAAGCUUCCAUAGCAUGGAAAGAAUUAUUCUCCACAAUUGAGAAGGAAAAAGCCUCCAAGUUUAGCAAUAGUAACAACACUGAAGAUAAGAAUUGCCCUUACUCCGUAAGUACACUCGAUAAUACAGCACCGCAUAGUGGAGUCAUUCUUGAGCUCCCUUGUGGUCUAAUUGAAGAUUCUUCCAUUACCUUAGUUGGCAUUCCUGAUGGGCGCUCUCGAAACUUUCAAAUUGAACUUGUAGGCUCACAACUUUCUGGGGAGCCAACACCUCCUAUUAUCUUACAUUAUAAUGUCAGUUUGCCUGGAGAUAAUAUGACGGAGGAACCAUUUAUAGUUCAGAAUACAUGGACAAGUGAAGCUGAGUGGGGCACAGAGGAACGAUGUCCUGCUCAUGGGUCUGCCUACAAUGUCAAUGUUGAUGGACUUGUUCUUUGCAAUGAACAAAUUGUUAGGAGCACUGUGGAAGAGAAUGUAAAUGUGAGUCAUCCUAGUAAUGACACAUUGACCAAUGUUCCCAGGGGAAGUGCCCAUGGAAGCGCUAGUUUCCCAUUUGUUGAAGGGAACCCUUUCACUGCCACAUUGUGGGUUGGUCUAGAGGGGUUUCAUAUGACCGUGAGUGGAAGACAUGAAACUUCUUUUGCAUAUAGGGAGAAACUUGAACCAUGGUCAGUUAGCAGAGUGAAAGUGGCAGGUGGUUUGGAUCUCUUAUCUGCCUUAGCUAAAGGCUUGCCUGUUUCUGAAGAUAAUGAUUUAGUUGUUGAUCUAGAGCACCUCAAAGCUCCAUCAGUUUCCAGGAAAAGACUUGUAAUGUUGGUUGGGGUUUUCUCUACCGGAAAUAAUUUUGAGCGUCGAAUGGCGCUGAGGAGGUCUUGGAUGCAAUAUGAGGCUGUACGUUCUGGGGCUGUAGCUGUCCGCUUUUUCAUAGGCCUUCACAAGAACAACCAGGUCAAUUUUGAGCUAUGGAAAGAAGCUCAAGCAUAUGGGGAUGUCCAGUUGAUGCCCUUUGUUGACUUUUACAGCUUGAUUGCUUUGAAAACAGUCGCAAUUUGCAUCUUGGGGACCAAAAUCCUCCCUGCCAAAUAUAUCAUGAAAACAGAUGAUGAUGCUUUUGUUAGAAUUGAUGAAGUUCUCUCAAGCCUCAAGGGAAAGGCAUCUAAUGGCCUAUUGUAUGGUCUUAUUUCUUUCGAAUCAGCUCCACAUAGGGAUAAAGAAAGCAAAUGGUAUAUUAGUACUGAGGAAUGGCCUCAUGCUUCUUACCCACCAUGGGCCCAUGGUCCAGGAUAUAUUAUCUCUCGGGACAUUGCGAAAUUCAUUGUCCGUGGCCACCAGGAAAUAGAUCUCAAGCUUUUUAAACUAGAAGAUGUUGCAAUGGGCAUAUGGAUUGAACAAUUCAAGAAAAGUGGUCAAGUAGUGCAUUACAUCAACGAUGAGAGGUUUUACAAUGCUGGGUGCGAAUCAAAUUAUGUUCUUGCACAUUAUCAAGGCCCGAGGAAAGUGUUAUGCCUGUGGGAAAUGCUGCAGAAAGAGCACAAGGCCAUUUGCUGCGAGUAAAUAUCAACCUUACUGACAAAUUAAACCCCUGAUGAGCUCGAAUCCUUCUAUGUGAGAACCAAGUGAAAAGCAAUCUGGCAACAGGAAUUUGAAUUGCAGUUCAUGCAACUGUUGAUAUUCUUUGGUGCAAAAAGGAUGGGGCCAAGUUCGUCCUCUUCUCUUUCUUUUACAGAUAUUCUAUUCCUUUUUUUUUUUUUUUUUUUUUUUUUGUGAUUUUGUCUCAAAUUAUUUGUUCAUUUGUGCGGAUUGUUUUUGGCUGUUGUGAAGAGGUCAAUGUUUAGUAUCUGAGAGGCUGUUGUUGAUUUACAAAAGCAAGUUGAAGAGCUUUUUGUUUGACCUCUUUGGGUCUAUUUUUGUAAAAAAACGGUAGCCUUUGGAUCUUUUGUUCUUUUUUCCUUCAGAAAGCACAACGUAGUGGAUUCACUU